AACCACUCAAGAAUACACCAUGAAAAAUACCGAUAUCAAGAGACUACUGUAUACCCAUCUUUUAUGCAUAUUCUCAAUUAUCCUAAGCAUCUUCGUUCCAUCAUUCUUCCUGGAGAACUUCUCAGUAUUGGAAACACACUUGACGUGGUUAUGCAUCUGUUCUGUUUUUGUAACUGCUGUCAAUCUAGUAUUAUAUUUAGUGGUUAAACCAAAUACAUCCACUAAAAGAAGUUCAUCAUCAUACAAGGUAACCAGAUUUUUGAAAUGCUGUAUCUACUUCCUUAUGUCUUGUUUCCUCUUUCAUGUGAUUUUUGUUCUAUAUGGAGCACCAUUAAUAGAGUUGGUGUUGGAAACAUUUUUAUUUGCAGUUAUUUUGUCUACUUUUACUACUGUACCUUGUUUGUGUUUGUUAGGACCAAACAUCAAAGCAUGGCUAAGAGUUUUCAGUAGAAAUGGAGUUACAUCCAUUUGGGAGAAUAGUCUCCAGAUCACUACAAUUUCUAGUUUUGUAGGAUCAUGGCUUGGAGCCUUUCCUAUUCCACUUGAUUGGGAAAGACCAUGGCAGGUAUGGCCCAUCUCCUGUACGCUCGGAGCGACCUUUGGCUAUGUGGCUGGCCUUGUUAUUUCACCACUCUGGAUAUACUGGAAUAGAAAGCAACUUACUUACAAGAACAAUUAA